AAGCUACCAUCAAAAUGUCAAGAGUGUUUUCAAAAGACGGAUGUAAAACAUCCUCUGGAUGUCCUCUGGACAUAAGAGUCUUUUGAACAUGUGUGUUGUUAGAAUUUCUAGUUCAUACAAUUGAGAUCUAACAGCUAUUGUUGUAAAAGUAACAAUCAUACUGAAUCUUUUAAAGAUAGUAAAUAUGAACACGCUCCCGCAGUGUCGAGUGAACCCUGGAACACCUUGUAUACGAAACGGGGUUGCCAGGUUGCCUCCGUCGCUCCGUUUGUCCUGUUAGUGUUUCAAUUAGCUUCAGCGAUAAGAUAUCGCUGAAACGUGUACAAGACAUCGGCCGCACUAUAAGACUCAAAGAUCUUCAAUAUACUCCAGUCCUUCAAUAUACUCUACAGUUUGUAUAGAAUGAAUGCAUUAUGCGCAAAUUUUCACGAUUCGCGCGGUUCGCGUUCGUCCGUUCACCUGUACGACGGUUGCGAUCUUCUGCGUGCUGUUGCUGUUUCCGGAUUUCCCCGUUGCUGACAGAAGAUAUUUUGCGUCUCAGAAAAAACAGACAUCUGUAAAAAAAACAGAGGAAGAAGAUGAAAGAUACGCUCCGAGACUGAUGUCUAACGCUACAAGGAUAAUGUCCUUUGAUAAAUAUCUCUUAGAGAGAGGCUUCACCAAAGAGCAGAUAGAUAAUAUGACUCUUCUUGGAAAAUGGUUGUUGGCACCGGAAGAAACUCCACCGCCACGGUCCAUCACCGAUAGAAGCUAUUUGAUUCUGAUCUGGAAACAUGGGCCAUUCCUGGAACGUAGGCAUAUCCGGCAUUUCACGAAGAACAAAUUUUCACCCUGGGAAAGUUGUUCUGUGGGGAAUUGUACGCUGAGUUACGACGAAAAGGAUUUGCAUCGAGCGGAUGCCGUGAUCUUUCAUUUGCACUUCAUGAAGAGUCUUUCAGAGCUGCCAAUGAGAAGUCGAAUGGAUCAACGGUGGAUCUUUCUGACAGAUGAGUCACCCCUUCACACUUUUCUGCACGGCAGACAGAGAUUAUCGGACUACGACGGUCUGUUCAAUUGGUCCAUGUCUUAUCGAAUGGAUAGCGAUGUACCGGUUCCCUAUGGAAGAACAGUGCGAAUCUCUGAUAAUGUUUCCAACAAAAAUGUCAGACAUUGGGAUGCUAUUGUGAGGACUACCAAGAUCAAAUUAGUCGCCGUAAUGGGCAGUAACUGCGGUGGUCAUAACGGGCGAUGGUUCUACGUGAAGACACUCAAGUCAUUACUCGGCGACAACCUGGACAUACUCGGGAAAUGCUUGGAUGGCAAUAGGACUAUUUGUCCAGGCCAUUUCGACCGGGACUGCGCCGCCUUGGACGCGUACAAGUUCUACCUGUCGUUCGAGAACUCCAAUUGCCGGGAGUACCUGACGGAGAAGGUGUUCUGGAACGCGUACAGCAAACUCGCGGUCCCGAUAAUAAUGGGAGCGUCGCGAUACGACUGUCAGCGGUUAUUACCGCCGCAUUCCUUUCUUCACACGGACGAAUUCGCCAGCGCGAAUGCACUCGCCGACUAUCUCAAGUAUCUGGACCGCGACAAUAAGCGAUACAUCAAGUAUCAUGAGUGGCGCGAUCAUUACCGGGUGAUUAACGAGCAUGGCUACUUCGGCAGCAUAUCCAGGCAUUAUUGUCGCGUCUGCGAGGCGCUGCACUACAAUUCCAUCGCGCCAAAAGUCUAUACCAGACUCGAGAAUUUCUGGAGCAAGAGAGAUUGUACUCCAGCAAGCGCUUAGAUGUUUCAGCACGUCGUUAAUUAAGAUUAUCUAGUCUUCACGAAAUAUGAUUUAAUUAAAUAGAUUAAUAUAUUAAUAAUAAAUCUUUCAUCAGUAGCUCUUGAAACUAAUUUGUGCAAUUAAAUAUAUCAGUUUGUCAGAUUGAGUUUUUUAAAUGCAUUUAUUUUUAUAACAACUUUAAAGAGAAAAAAAUAAAAUUUUAGAUCAUAUAUUAGUAUUUAUUAUAUAAUCAUAAUAAAGAAAAAUUCUUAUGUGUUUUUUUCUAAUAAUAAUAUGAGAAAUUAAAAAUUUUUGUAGCAGCAAAUUAUACAAAACAAUCAUCAGCUACUGACAAGAGAUUGUUUUCUCCCGUUCAUCUUUAAAAUUAUUCAUUAUUUACAUUAUAACUUUAUUAGUGUGUAGACAAAAAAUUCAA